CAAGCAAGCCAACAGAGAGAUGGAGAGAAUACAAGAGCUGGAGUGGAUGAAACUGUGUAUGAGGAAGCUCGCCCUUUGGCUCACCAGGACCUUCAACCCCAUCAUGACUCAUGACGAUCUCGAGCCCCUCAUGGCCACCCUUGGUUUCGUCGCCCUCCCUCCCUCUCCUCCCCACCCCGCUUCCACUCCUUGGAAGGAAUACCACUUUACUGCCGGCGGAAGUUUCUGGACUUCUUCCGAUUCCGCUGACUCACCGCCUAAGCCCAGGCUUCCCUUCCCAAGAAUCGACGGCCUCCACGUCAACACCUACAGGGCCUUUCUCGACGCCGUUAACUUCUACGUCAACAUGCCCAACAUCUCCGAUCUUUUCCAUGUCAGGGGAAUGCCAUUGAAUACAACAGAUGAUCGCAGUAGGAAGUGGCGUCGUAUGUCAGAUGAUGAAAGUGUGUUCGUUUACAGAGAAGGAACACUGGAACAAGGGACGACGACGACACACAACUCUGAUAAGAACAGCAAGAGCAGUGACAGUAACAAGACAAAUGGUAAUUGCAACUCCGUCAUUCGAAGUAAGGGCAACGGUAACACCCCCGUCAUCUGUCUCGUCUCUUUGAAAGAUGUCAUCCAGAUACUAUGA